AUGUCCGUCAGGCUGCCUGAGAUCUGUGCAGAUACCGCAUACUGUAGGCUUUGCCGAGAAAAAAAAUCGAAAAAGAUUAUUAUUGCCAGAGUUCUGAUCUUUCAAUCUGAACUUCAUGAGUGUGGUAGUCAGCUUGUGGUGACUGACAAUGAGCUUGUCUACAUCUUUACUCUUGACUAUAGACCAGCAGAAUUCCAAAGCACUCCAAUUGUAAGGUCCAGUGCUGCUACAGUUGGUAUUGAAUGCCACUACCCCAGGAGACACAAUGUGAGCAGUAAUGAACUGCAGCCAGCUUGGAUCCCAUAUGCGUCCACCAAGGUUGCAGAGGACAUUCUGGUCUUCUCCCUGAAGAUCAUGACUGAUGACUGGAUGUUUGAAAGGCCUUCAAAGGUGUUCUUCCUGGGUGAUGUCUUAAAUAUUCAGGCAUCUGUGAAGCAGUACAACCAUGUUCCCUUCAUAUUUGUGGACCACUGUGUUGCCACUACAGGCCCUGACGUGAACUCCGCUCCAGUGUAUUCUUUUAUUGAAAACCAUGGUUGCCUCACUGAUGCAAAGUAUACUGGCUCCAUGUCCAACUUUCUGCCCAGAGUGCACAAUGACAAACUCCAGUUUCAGUUGGAGGCCUUCAGGUUCCAACAAGAAAGCAGUGGUGCUAUUUACAUCACUUGUCUUCUAAAAGCAAGUGCAGCUACGGUGCAGGUUGACGAAAGUCAUAAGGCUUGUUCUUUUAAAGCAAAUGGAUGGGUAUCUUCUGAUGGAGGUGAGGAGGGGUGUGGCUGCUGUGACACAAGCUGUGAGUUGAGGACUGAUGGUGUGUCCAAAGUUCCAGGUUUCCAGUGGGAGGGAAGUUCCCAAGUUGGCCCUCUCCAGGUCUGGGAGAACCAACGUCAAGCCAACAAUGUGAUUUGAUUUCCUUUUUAAAUAAAGCUUUAAGUACUAA